AUGGCUGCCACGCAAACUCACUCUCGUGCACUACCAGCUGCUGAGCGUUUUCCAACCCUUGGAUAUGGUACCAGAAGUGAGGAUAACGGAAGCUGCGAGCGUGACAUUCGAUGUAACGGGAACACAUCAACUGAAAUAUUUGAAACAAUGCAGACUGAUGUGUACAUAUCAUUGGCAGUCAUUCAGGUAUGCAUUUAAUG